AUCACAUCAUGCAAAUAUCUAUCUUGAGCAAUAUUCAUAUUCUUCCAACGACAAUACUUGUGCAUUCACGUAACACGCACCCGUCACCUUAUGCGCCCGACGUAUUCAGGCACUUGUCAAAAUAUCUGUGGUUAACACGUUCUAGCGUCUGAUACUUGCUGUUUACCUCAAAUUGGGAAAUUCAUCAAGUCGCAUUUAUUUCUCCACUUAUUCCGUUGCUAAGGGCACUCUAAUCCAUAUUGGAUUUCAGCCAUCCUAAGCCAAUUUAUAUCCAGGCACUUUAACUUCUUAAAGACGGUUAACCAAAAUCAACAUGGCAUUCUCCUCGCGCGGUAUUCCCAGCCAUCUACGUCAGGCUUCUACUUCAGGCAAUCCUGGUGCCCAGUCUACGGGCCAAUCACCGGCGCUUGUUGCCCGGGUCAAUGAGAAGAAGGCGGAGCUCGAAAAUCUAAAGGAGCUGCGAGAUCUAAGCGCAGCCGUAGCAAACCAGAUGGAAGCUCUAGAACAGAAGCUUGCUACUCUCUCGGAUGGAACAGAAGCAAUUGCGACGGUAGUGAGUAACUGGCAUAAUGUGCUUCGGGCUAUCAACAUGGCAUCAACAAAAAUACCGACUCCGCGAAACGUAGAAGAUGAGGGUGAAACGAAGACUCAAGACACUCUUCCUUUACCUCAGACUCUAGUUCGAAUACCAACAGAGCAUGCACCAGCCCUGCAGGCCCAAGCAGAGGCCAUUGCAGAGAACGAGAACAACUCAUCAUCUCUCUCUUAAGACUGGGAUCCAAAGAUCUUUACUACCUAUGCACUGGGUUAUAGAGAUCUAGUCUUAAGAGGGGGUCAGAUCUCAUGCGCCCGUGCUCACUCACUAUCUAUACUAGUGAUAACCGCUACCCAGCCAAUUCUUUUCUAUAAGGCUAUUAGACAUUACUGUGGGAUUGGGGAAGAUCGAUCACGGUGUCAUAGGCUUAUGAUUCACAAUCGAUGCAGGGGGUGUCUUUCACGGAUUGAAGUGGGGAAAGUUCGCGUCUAGAUUCGCGUCAGAUCGCGUUACUAGAGCCAUUGCCUCGGGAAAAAGAUCUGACGUACUACGUACAUGUAUCCAGGGGAAAGCUACACUCGAGAAAGUCAAUAGCACUAGCUCGAGUUAAGCGAUCAAUUCAUACCGCGCAUUACGCAACGAAGUUUCCAACAAAAUUUAACUCUGAGGACCAAAGUGCAGGUGCUGCCAAGUCCGGUUGUGAAUCCUACUAAUAGAAAUAUUGACGAUCAAAUCCGCCUAAAUGAAACCCGUCUCUUCUACAACAUUCAUCAUUCACCAGGCAUCAUAAGAGUUCAACCCGCACAUCAUC